UGCCUGCCUGUUUUGGAGAUUCUGAACUGAGUAUUUUUCUUCUUCUUCUUCUGAUGUCUCUUUUUAGAGCAGAAGGAGAAACGUGUGUGGAGUUUAAAGCCAUGUUAAUUGCAGUGGGCAUCCACUUGCUCCUGUUGAUGUUUGAAGUUCUGGUCUGUGACAGGAUUGAAAGAGGAAGCCAUUUCUGGCUUCUGGUCUUCAUGCCGCUGUUCUUUGUCUCCCCGGUGUCCGUUGCAGCUUGUGUUUGGGGCUUUCGACAUGACAGGUCACUAGAGUUAGAAAUACUGUGUUCUGUCAACAUCCUGCAGUUUAUAUUCAUUGCCUUAAGACUGGACAAGAUCAUCCACUGGCCCUGGCUUGUCGUGUGUGUCCCUCUGUGGAUUCUCAUGUCCUUUCUGUGCCUGGUGGUCCUCUAUUACAUCGUGUGGUCUGUCCUGUUCCUGCGUUCCAUGGAUGUGAUUGCAGAACAGCGAAGGACACACAUAACAAUGGCACUGAGCUGGAUGACCAUCGUCGUGCCUCUCCUUACUUUUGAGAUCCUGUUGGUUCACAAACUGGACGGCCACAACGCAUUCUCUUGUAUCCCGAUAUUUGUCCCUCUUUGGCUUUCCUUGAUCACUCUGAUGGCAACCACAUUUGGACAGAAGGGAGGAAACCACUGGUGGUUUGGGAUUCGCAAGGAUUUCUGUCAGUUUCUGCUUGAAAUCUUCCCGUUUUUGAGAGAAUAUGGAAACAUUUCCUACGACCUCCAUCAUGAAGAUAAUGAGGAAACGGAAGAAACCCCAGUUCCAGAACCUCCUAAAAUUGCUCCAGUGUUUCGGAAGAAGACCAGGGUGGUUAUCACCCAGAGCCCUGGUAAAUACGUCCUCCCGCCUCCCAAAUUAAAUAUUGAAAUGCCAGAUUAGACACCA